AUGACAGCGGGUUGGGAAGGGUUCGGAGCUGUGUGACGUUGACUGGGGUCCGGGUGGCGGCGGGGGCGGGGGCGCGCGCGGACCGAGGGGGGGUAACGGCGGGAGCUCGCGCCGCUCCAGGGUCCGGGCCCGCGCGGUGAGCGGCGGCCGAGCCGAGCCAGGCCGAGCCGAGCCGGCGCGAUGAGCGGCCUGCAGCGGCAGCACUUCGCUGCCAACAACGGCGAUUUCACCUUCGUCUCUUCGGCCGACGGCGAAGAACUGAGUGGUUCAAUGGACUCCCCAGAUGUUAAAGUUAAUGUGGAUAAUGACUAUACGAAAGAUUCCUCAGCAACUGCAUUUCUCAGGAAAAGGGGAUAUGGAUGGCUUCUGGAAGUGGAGGAAGAAGAUUCUGAGGACACAAAACCACUCCUGGAGGAAUUGGACAUUGAUCUGAAGGAUAUUUACUAUAAAAUCCGAUGCGUGUUGAUGCCAAUGCCUUCGCUGGGAUUUAAUAGGCAGGUCGUGAGAGAUAAUCCUGACUUCUGGGGCCCACUAGCUGUGGUUCUUUUCUUUUCGAUGAUUUCACUAUAUGGACAAUUCCGAGUUGUUUCGUGGAUUAUAACAAUCUGGAUAUUUGGAUCAUUAACCAUCUUCUUACUGGCUCGGGUUCUUGGUGGUGAGGUUGCAUAUGGUCAGGUUCUUGGAGUUAUUGGAUAUUCGCUACUCCCGUUGAUUGCAAUUGUUCCGGUCCUUUUGGUUGUUCGAUCCUUUGAGGUUUUAUCUACAGUUAUAAAGCUGUUUGGUGUAUUCUGGGCUGCUUACAGUGCUGCCUCCUUGCUGGUUGGAGAAGAAUUUAAAACAAAGAAACCUCUUCUUAUAUAUCCAAUAUUUCUUCUGUAUAUCUAUUUUUUGUCCUUGUACACCGGUGUCUGAAAUUCAAAGGAGCUGAGUGUUCGAUAAGGACUGUUACGAGGAAAUUGUUGAGAAAAAGUGCUAUUGACUCUACGUGAUGAAGAAAACUAAUUUCUUCCUCUUCAAGUGGUUAUUUUGGGGUCUAAAAGCAUAGUUCUAAGGUUUAAACACUUUCUAGUGUUUAGCGGCUACGUACAUUUGUAUUUAAUUCAUAUUUUAAAGCUGUUUUGGUUGUGUGGAAAUGACUUCUAAAGGUGAAGGCUGUGACCAAUUUUACUUAGAAUGGAGUAUGGACAGUGCUGAGUGCCUGUGCCAAAGCAUCAAGAAUGAUAUAACCAAGAAAAAGCAUUUCUGUCAAAUUCUGAAACAUCCUGAAGAGAGAAUAUUCAAAGUUAAGGCAUUGUUAUUUUGAAAUCAUUGUACUUUUUAAAAUGUGCAGUUUUGAGAUUAUAAUAAGUGAAAUUGAUUCUGUAGAUACCUUUUAUCUAGGGCAAUGCAAUCCUGCAAACAGGUGUAUUCCAAGCAUUUUAAAAGUUCAAUUUGUGUAGAUGAGUUCAAACUCCAUUUAAGUUGGGUGCCUUUGCUUGGAUAGCUGCUCUCUGGCUGUUGUAUGCAGGAAAAAUAGUAACAUAAGCAUUUGUAAAAUAAACUGCAAAUAAGGUGUUUGUGAUUGA